AUGUUGGAAAAAGGUGCUUGUCGUAUUUUAAUGUGCAGACCGACAUACUUUAAGGUUUCAUACGCUAUUAAUCCUUGGAUGGAAAUGAAGAACCCUGUAGAUACGAAAAAAGCGAUGGAACAAUGGAAUACACUUAAAAAUACAAUAGAACAAUGUGGUGCUACCGUUGAAGUCAUGGAGCCGACAGAGGUGAUACGGGUGAAAAUGUAG